CAUGUCACAUAGAAAUACAAUAAUUGUUAGAAGUGGUUAGAAUAGUGAGAGUAGAAGAGGAAGCAGAAUGGAGAAUCUCGUAGCCACCUCAGUUGCUUUGGGUGCUUUUUCUGUCUUCUUGUUCCUCUUCCUAUUCCGUCGUCGAAACACUCACAAACUUCCCCCAGUACCAGUGGUUCCAGGUUGGCCAGUGAUUGGGAAUAUUCUGCAGUUGAAGGAGAAGAAACCUUACAAUACAUUCAUACAGAUGUCACAUAAACAUGGACCCAUUUUUUCAAUCAAAGCUGGUGCUUACAAAGUUAUUGUUCUCAACAAUACCCAACUUGCCAAGGAGGCAUUGGUGACCAGAUUAUCAUCAAUUAAAACAAAGAAGAUGUCAGCUGCAUUGGAGAUUCUGACUUCAAAUCAAUGUAUGGUUGCUAUGAGCGACUACAGCGACUUUCACAAAACGAUCAAAAGACAUCUUCUUGCAAAUGUUCUUGGAGCCAAUGCACAGAAGCAACACCGUAACCUCAGAGAUGUCAUGAUAGAAAAUAUGUCCAAGCAGUUUUGUGAACAUGCAAAUACCUUCCCCAACUUGGCUGUUAAUUUUAGACAAAUAUUUGUGUCUGAACUUUUCACACUAACAUUAAAGCAAACACUGGGAAUCGAUGUUGAAUCCAUUUAUGUGGAGGAGCUUGCACGUACAUUAUCAAAAGAUGACAUGCAUCAAAUUCUAGUGCUUGAUUUUUUGGAGGGAGCAAUUGAGGUGGACUGGCGAGAAUUCUUUCCAUACCUGAAAUGGAUUCCAAAUAAGAGCAUGGAGAUGAAAGUUCAGAAAGUGGUCCGCGAAAGAAGACAUGUAAUGAAGGCAUUGAUUAAUGAGCAGAAGAAGCAAUUGGCAUCAGAGAAGGAAGUAAAUUGUUUUUAUGACUACCUGAUAUCAGAAGCUAAAGAAUUGACUGAAGAACAACUGCUGAUGCUGGUCUGGGAGCCAAUUGUUGAGACAUCUGAUACUACCUUAGUUACAGCAGAAUGGGCUAUGUAUGAACUUGCCAAAGACAAAAGUCGUCAGGACCGUCUGUAUGAGGAGCUUGUAAAAGUAUGUGGACAUGAAAAGGUUACCGAGGAGCAAUUAUCUAAGCUACCUUACUUGGGGGCUGUGUUCCAUGAGACUUUAAGGAAACAUAGUCCAGUUCCAAUUGUCCCACUAAGAUAUGCUAAUGAGGAUACCCAAUUGGGAGGAUAUCAUAUUCCUGCUGGAAGCCAGAUCACAAUAAAUAUAUAUGCAUGUAACAUGGAUAACGACCGGUGGGAAAAUCCUGACCAAUGGAUUCCAGAGAGAUUUCUUGAUGAGAAAUAUGAGACCUCGGAUUUGUACAAAACUAUGGCCUUUGGAGGAGGGAAGAGGGUGUGUGCAGGCUCUCUUGAGGCCAUGUUGAUAACUUGCACGGCUAUUGGCAGAUUUGUUCAGGAAUUUGAGUGGGAGCUCGGACAGGGAGAGGAAGAGGAUGUUGAUACAAGUGCCCUUACCACCAACAGGCUUCAUCCCCUGCUAGUAAAACUUAAGCCAAGAAAUCAUUUUAAGUAGUAGGUUUAACUUGGCUGGUAAACUUACUGGUUGUAGCAUAGCUACAUAUUUACUAAGUGCACCUCAUAGUAUAGUUAUCUCAAAUCUAAGACAUUAUCAACAUUGAUAAAUAAAGUUUGGUAUAAUAAAAGUACAAGAGUUUUAUCAAGUUUGUUGUAUGAUCGUCUUUAGUUUUUCAAUCAUGCAAGGACAAUCAACAAAUUGAUUUUUAAUAAUAAUCAUGACAUGGGUGGUGACAUGAUCUAUACCUCAUUGACUGCCAAUCAGAACCGAAGUACGUUUUUUGACGUGUGUAAAACUAUGAUUCAAUCCCAGUGGUUUGAUUUACUGAAGUGCAUUCCUGGACCACCAAAUCAAAUGCAGGCACUUCCCUGAAUGUCAAGAGGCUAGUUUUGUCUGUCUGCCGUCUUUUGUCUUCCAACUGUUUCAUGCUUCUGCUCCUUUGUCUUUUUUUAUUGUGUUGUUCCUCCCUUAAGUCUGCCUUUGUUGUUUUCUCUGUUUUUUCUAUUAGCACUUAUUUAUUGUUUU